AUGUCCACAAACAUCCAGGUAGGCGACAUCGCCAACGGCUUCGCAGUGACUCCUGCCAACACUCUACGAGUAGCCCGCGGCAAGGUUUAUAGGGUUAUGAACUUCAGGCAUGUCGUUACGACGCGCCCUGCACAGGACAGAGAGUGUCGUGGAAACUUGGUCACCCUUGAGCAGUUUCUCAGUCUCGAGAACGGUACGGGAUUCAGACUCCCGAAUGACCAGCGUGUCGGCUUGGGAUUCUGGAUUCCUAGCGACGAUAAGCUGGUCAGGUGGGCUGAGGGGACUGUUGUUGAGGUCAAGAACGAAACAACGGUUGUUCUGGUUCAGGAUGAGGGUAGGGAGGAGGUGGAAACCCCGUGGGAGCAGAGGCAUCCCAAGACAGGGAUGAAGCCUGCCCUUGGGUUUAGGUAG